AGGAGCAUGGCACCGCGGGGCCGGAGCUGUCAGGGCAGCACAGCUGAGGGGCUCCCACCACCCCACACCAAACCACAGAACUGUCAGGGCUGGAACGGACCUCUGGGGAUCACCCAGCCCAAGCCCCUCCAAGGCAGGGUUAUGUGGAGCAAGUGACACAGCCUGGAAGAGACUGAGAGACUUCCCUGUGAUCUCCCACAUCCUCCUGAGGGACAGCGGAGCGGCAGACACUGCUCCCUUCACUCUCUGACCAGUGACAGCAUCCGAGGGAACGACAUAAAGACGAGUCGGGGAGAUUUAGGCUGGAUGUCAGGAGAAGGCUUUCAGAGGGUGGUUGGCACUGGAAGGGGCUCCCCAGGGAAUGGUCACAGCCCCAAGGCUGCCAGAGCAGCAGAAGCUUUCGGACAGCGCUGAGGCACAGGGUGGCACUACCGGACUGUCCUGCGCAGGGCCACGGGCUGGACUCGAUGAUCCCUGUGGCUCUGUUCUAACUCAGGUUUGCCCCUAAUUCUAUGAUUUUCCGACUGGGUUGGACUCGAUGAUGCCUGUGGCUCCCCGAUAAUCCCCUGAUUUUCUAGCGACGGCGGCGCCCCUCAGCGCUGAGGCCGGCCGCGGCGCGGGGCGGGUCCCGUGCGUCAUCGCGGCGCGCGGCGCCAGCCCCGCCAUGCGUGCCCGGGUGCUGCGCGCCUGGCGCGAGGGCGUGCGGGCGGCGGGGCCGCCAUGGCGGGUGCUGUUCUUCGGCACCGACCGCUUCGCCGUGACCGCCCUGAGAGCCCUGAGGGCCGCAGGGGAGCCCAGCGAGGGCUCGCUCGUGUCCCGGCUGGAGGUGGUGACCCUGCCGUCCCCCCUGCCCGGGGACCUGCCCGUGAGGCGCUGUGCCAGGGAGCUCCGGCUGCCCGUGCACGAGUGGCCACACACGGGGCCCGUGGGGCAGUUCGAUGUGGGUGUGGUGGCGUCUUUCGGGCGUCUUCUAAGCGAGGACCUCAUUCUGCAGUUCCCGUAUGGUGUGCUGAAUGUCCAUCCCAGCUGUCUCCCACGGUGGCGUGGUCCUGCACCCAUCAUCCACACGGUGCUUCACGGUGAUAAGGUGACUGGGGUGACAGUUAUGGAAAUAAGACCAAAAAGGUUUGAUGUAGGUCCAAUUAUUAAGCAAGAAGAGGUUGCUGUUCCUCCCCGCUGUACAGCACAGGAGCUGGAAGGGAUGUUGGCAAAGAUGGGUGCAAACAUGCUGUUAGCAGUUUUGAAGAACUUGCCUGAAAGUUUAAAAAAUAAAAAAGAGCAGCCAAAAGAAGGGGUAACAUUUGCUCCUAAAAUCUCUAUUGCGAAGAGUUGUAUAAAAUGGGAAGAGCAAACAGCUGCACAAAUAAUUCAACUGCAUCGUGCAAUAGGAAGUAUGUUUCCUUUGCAGACACUCUGGAAGGGUACUACCGUUAAACUCUUGGAUUUUGUGGAAGUGGAUAAUAUUCCUGGUUUUUCUGAUCAAACACUGAAUGACUGUGGAGUUGUUCCUGGUUCAGUGCUGUUCCAUAAAAUGUCCCAAACAUUGGUAGCUCGCUGCAAGGAAGGCUGGGUUGGAAUCAAAACAGUAGUUUUGAAGAAGAAGCUUACAGCAGUUGACUUCUACAAUGGAUACAUGCACUCUUGGUUCCAGCAGAAUCCAAGAACAGUUCAUCAAGAAUGCAGAUUUCAAACACUCAAACUUAGCACGACAAAAAAGACUCUGGAAGAGAGAGGAAUAUUGGCACAGGAUAUAAAGCAAUGAAUAUAUUCUUUUAAUGUCUGUAAGUUAAUAUAGAAUAUUUCAAAGCCCACCUAUAACAUUCAACUUAAUUAACGGAUUUCUUCCCAUAGCAUUUGAUCUUAUUGUCAUGCACAUGUUUCCAUGCUGGCUUCCUGAAGAUAACUUCUUUCUCCCCAUUAAGGAAGAGAAUCUCCAUGAGUGCUGUAUAUAUUGAAUAAAUCCCUGUUUCCACUGUUGAGAAAUAAAUUUAUUUUUAUACAACA